UCACUGAAAUGGCUAAUUUUGCAAAAGAAUUAAAUCAAAAAUUACAUCGUUUAAGAAGUGAUAAAACCUCACCAAUACGAAGUUCAUCAAAAAAUAGCACAUAUCAAAAUAAUAAUAAUAAUAACAAUAAUAAUAACAGUAACAGUAAUAAUGAUGUACUUAAUAAACGACCAUUAUUUGUAACAACUGUACCAAGUGGUAUAUUUUUACCACCAGCAAAAGAUAUUUCACCAACAUCACAAAAACGUAUCUAUUCAUUUUCAUCUCGUCCAAAAAUUUUCACUUUAUAUCGUUCAAAUAAUAAUUAUCCAGCAAAUUAUAAUAAAAUUAAAGAAACAAUAAUAGAUGAUGAUAAAGCUAAAAAUUCAUUAAAUGAACGUAUGAAAAGAGAUGUUUUUCGUGGUAGUGAUGAAAUACGUCCAUAUAAUUUUUAUCAAAAUAAUUCAUCAAUGAAUUCAUCAAUAAAUGGUAGUAAUAAAGCAUUAAAUAAAAAGGAUUUAAAAAGGGAACCAGCACCACCGCAACCAUUCAAAAAUAUUAUGCAUGAUAAAAGGGUUAUUAGAGGUAGCAAUUUUAGUCAAUUACAAUCAAAUCCUUGGAAUCCGUAUUUUACACAUGCGGGCCUCCUUUCUGGAAAGGAUCAACAACUAAUUUAUACAAAAGAACAAGACGCUAAACGACGUCUUCUGCUUCGAAAACGAUGUUUAGCACGUAAUCAAAGAAAUGUAAUUGGAUCACCACCACCAAUUCAGGGUCGUGUUCAUAUACCAAUCCAAACAGAAAAAUAUUUAGAAGAAUUAUUUGAUCGUCCACCAGAAUAUGAUGCUAAUACACAAACAGAUUUAUUUUUACAACGACCACCAUCACCGCCAUAUGUACCAGCAAAAGUUGGUAUUGAUCGUGCUACUCAAAUUGAAGAAGGUGAUCUAUUUGAUUUUGAUGCAGAAGCUCAACCAAUAUUGGAUACAUUAAUUGGACAUUCUGUACAACAAAGUUUAAUUGAAACAUUACAUGAACAAGAAAUGGCUGAAUUGAAAGCUAAACAAGAAGAACUUCUUGCACGACGUGAAGUUGAAUUAGCUGAAUUAAGGCGGUUGGAAGAAGAAGAUCGUCGUUUACAAGAAGAAAAAGAACGUCGUCUUAAACAAGAUGAAAUGAGUAAGGAUAUCGAUGUUAAAUUACAAGAGGAAGUUACUGCUGCCAAAUUACUUCAAGGACAUAUUGCUACAAUUCUGCCGGAUGUUUUACAAAAACUUGAACCACAAACUGAUUCCGCACAUAAAGAUGAAUUACAAAGAAAAAUAUGCCCAUGGUUGAGUAAAGAAGUUGCUGAAGAAGUUGGAAAAAUUAUCGAUUCAAGAGAAAUUUUAACAGAAAUUAUUAAGGAAAUCAUUAUACAAAGAGCAUCAGUAUAUGCUGGUUAUUCUGAAAGUGGCGAUGAUGAUAACAUUAUAUGUGAGGAAGGUGAAGAAGAAGCAGAAACAGAAAAUGAUUAUGAAGAUUAUGAAUUUAUUCGUAAUGAAUUAAAUUCUUUAAUAAGGAAUGUUGAAGAUAUAGAAUUAAUUGGAAAUGAUUCAAAUAAAUUAGAAACAAUAGAAGAAGAAGUUAUAAUUAAAGAUGAAAAUGUGCCAUUAGAAAAAGAAAUUGAUGAUUUAAAAGAAUUAAUCGAAAAUAAUGAAAUUGAAAAUGUAAAUAAAGAUGAACCGAUAUUAGAUGACAGUAAAAUUGAACAAAUUGUUGAAGAUGAAGUUAUGAAAAUAAUUUUAGAAACUGAUUUAGCUCAAACCACAGUCGAUCAUCAAGAAACCGAUGAAAUUGUAAAAGGUGAUAAUAACAGUAAUAAUGCCACAAAUGAUUUAAAUGAUAAUGAUGAUGAUGAUAAUUCAAACACUGAAGGUAUUAUACGUAAUGAAAUUGAUCGAAUUAUAUCAUUAGCAAAUAGUAUUGAUGAAACAGUUGAAUUGCCAACACAAAUUGAAAAUGUUAAUUAUACAACAGAAAUUACAAGACAACAAGAUAUAGAUGAUGACAAUACUGAAAAUGAUAUUGAUGUUGACGAUAUUAAUACAACUGAUAACGAUGACAACGAUGACGGUAAUAUCCUCGACGAUAAUAAUGAUGGUGAUGAUGAUGGCAAAUCUGAUGAAAUCUUUUUACGUAAUCAAAUUGAACAAAUCAUUUCAGUGGCAGAAGAAAUCUCAUUAGCUCAAAAUGAAUCUAAUAACAAUGAUGGUAUAUCGUAUAUAUCGUAAAUAUAAUUUUUGAAAAAUAAAUACAAAAAUUUAUUUUCUAUAAAUUAUAAAAAAAAAAAAAUUGUUAAUAAAAUUGUGAUAGA